GUUUGAGCUAGUUUCUGUUCCGCUGGAAUAUUAACGUCUGGCUGGGCUGUUUUACAACAGACAGUCCUGCUGCCAUCUAAUACGGGGGCAUAGUAGCGCUUUAUUUUGAAGGGUCUUUCUGGGAAGCGAGAUUUUGUUGUCCCCAUCGUAAGGAAAGGCGAUCAGACGACAGGGCCACCAUGCCGAAGAGGAACAAAACAAACGCAGAAACUGAAGCAAAUGAGCCCAAGAGGAGAUCGGAGAGACUGUUAAACAAACCUUCUCAACCAAAGCCAGAGCCCAAGUCAAAGGCGCCUGUAAAGCCCAAGAAAGCCAAGGUGAACGACGAGGCCAAGCAGGAGGAGAAGAAGAAGGACGAUGUGCCUGCGGAGAACGGAGAGGCCAAGGCGGACGAGGCUCCAGCUUCAGACGAAUCCAACCAGAAGGACGGAGAGAAGGAAUAAAAUCCCUUCCGCGUCGUUUACCAGGGAUCCCUGUACUUCUUUUCUUGUACAAUUCAGAGGAAUAUUUUUAUCUACUAUUUUUUAAAUGCAAGUUUUUUAGUAGUUUUGAUUGUAGAAACACAUUUUUUUUUAAAAAGGCGGCAAAGGGAUUUCACCACAUCCCACAUUUUUACAUUUCCGGAGCAAAAACUGUUGUGACUGUAAAUGUCUAGGCUUCAUUUUAAACGGGGGAGGGGGGAGGUUGCCGGAGGGGUUACAUGCAAUCGUGUCGUUUUGGGGUUCCUGUUCCACGGUCCGGAGAGCGGCGCCGAGAGACUAACAUUCUGUGGGCCGGCGAGGAACGGUUUCGAAUUGAACUAAGUAGGGGUGGCUCGCAUUUGCCUGGGUCUUUUCAGCCCAAAGGAUCCCGACGCGUGUUGCGUGUGGGAGGGGAUUUACUUCAGCCCUCGCUGAAGUGCCGCCCCUACGUGGGCGACGCACCAGCAGCCCCUCUCCACAGCAGCUCGGCGGAGGAGUGAGAAACCGCUGCACCAGCUGAAUUCGGGGGCAACUUUAGGGAGGCCAGAAGCCCCAGACUGGGACUCUUACCAAGAGACCUGUGGGAACUUUUGGGACCUCGAUUUAACGGCACAGCCUACAGCAUGACGUUUCCAGUCUGUGUACUGGGGCGCUCAUACGGGGAGGAUCGCCACCUACUGGUCCACCCGCAGGACUCGCGCCUCCCGCCUGGUUUUUCCUGGAGGUCCCCCUGCCAUGUUCCUGACGGGGGGCCAAGUCUUGCUGAGCUUCUGCCAGAACGGGUUAAAAAGAGGUUAUCUGGGGUGGGGGGGGGGGCGAUAUGUGGUUUUAUUGUUUAUAAAAAAAAAGUUUUAGAAUGUUUGUUUGUAAGCUGUAUUGUAUAAAUGUUAACCCUUAUACCCAUGCAGUUUUCCCCAAUCGGUUGUUUUGCUAAAUAAAUACGUUCCCUAGUGCGCGCGUCCACCGUGUCCGAACCGUGCGUCCUGUGUGUCGUCCGAUUGUUGGUGAUGGGCUCUGCGAUGAUGGUGUACAAGUGCUGUGAAAGGAUCUUUUAAAAAAAAAAGUCUGUGUGUGGUGUCAUGGUACAUUGGAAGGAGGGUAAAAGGGGUGCUGGUGUUCUUAGCAAAGCUAAUAACCGGCCGUGCGCAACAGUGUCAAACUAGCUGGCGGCGUCCCUGUGCGCUCCUGGGACCGAGUGCUCUUGCCAGGAUAUGGGUGAUGGCCACCUGUGGCUUUUCGCUGACAAGUACAAAUGUACAGAUUUGUUAUUGUUUUUGGUCAUAGCUGUGUUUGUGUAAUAAUGGGUGUAAAAGAACCAAUAAAAAACCGGUUAUAAGUUU